GUUGUGGGCUGAGAAGUUGACGUUUUCGUUGGUUCCUGACGAGGAGCACGCAAACCCAACUGAAGGGGCUGGGCCCAAAGUGGAGAAAUGGCGAGAAUGGUGGACGGGAGCGGCUGUGGAGAGGAAUUACAGAACCCCGAGCGGCAUGGACCCGGCCGGGGCGCGGCCAGGUGGGGGCCACAGCACGCCGGCGCACGAGAAUUGGCCACUUUAUAUUCCCCAGGCAAAAGAUGCCAGGAAUGGACAAGUGUCCUCCUCUGCUUCUCUCUCAUGGCCUUCAAUUUCGUUCACCUCCUUGCCAAUUUCCACUUCGGACAUUUGUGGUCCAUCCUGUUGGGUAUUGCGGCAGGAAUCCUAACCGCAGACUUUGCGUCUGGGCUCGUCCACUGGGGGGCUGACACGUGGGGAUCGGUGGAUCUACCCAUAUUUGGAAAGGCCUUUAUCCGACCCUUCAGAGAGCACCACAUUGACCCCACGGCCAUCACCCGUCAUGACUUCAUUGAGACCAACGGCGACAACUGCAUGUUGACCAUCGUCCCGCUUGCCAACAUGGCCUUUAACUUUCUCACCCUCUCCCCAGCCGAGAUCUACCAUCUGUACCCGUGGUACUGCUACCUGUUUGCGCUGGGCAUAUUUGUGACCCUCACCAACCAAAUCCACAAAUGGUCCCACACCUACUUUGGCCUCCCGCGUUGGGUGGUCUUCCUGCAGGACUGCCACAUCAUCCUUCCACGCAAGCACCACCGCAUCCAUCACGUCUCCCCUCAUGAAACCUACUUCUGCAUCACCACAGGUUGGCUCAACUACCCCCUGGAGAAGUUAGGCUUCUGGAAGAACCUGGAAGAUCUUAUCCAGGGAGUCACUGGAGAGAAGCCCCGGGCUGAUGACCUCAAAUGGGCUCAUAAAGUCAAGUAAUACCGCAGGCUAACUUCGCCCUACCUCAAGAAGAACCCCCUUAACCCUUCACCCACACUGUUUUGCCUCUCCGUAAUCUACACAAAGGCAAACUAACAAAUUCAGAUGCCAUAGCUUUAACUCUUGCACAUUUUCAGUUUUUCAAGAGCAUUUUUUUCCCCCCAAUAUUUUCAAUGGAGGUCACUAUUUCUUAAUUGCAAUAUAUUUUAGCUACAAUAACUGCUCACUUUUUUGGACUUGUGAAAAACAAGAUCAGAUUACUUCCUAUGGAGCUCAUCGCAGAAAGGGACGGGGGGGUGUCCAGAAUUAUCCUCUGCAGGCUCGGCUGAUCAGUUUUUAUGGGGUCGCAGCCAAUAGGAGGUCUACUUGAUGCUCAAGUGCGAAAUUCAAAUGUUUAUGGUGGAGACAAACCAGCACACUGAACCUGAAGCAACUUUGAUAGCAAAAGAACAAAGUGAUGAAUAAUUUCUGUUACAUUUGUUGACCUGGCACUAUUACAGCUGCACAGCAUUUUAACAUGUCAGUCUGGUGUCGGAACAGUAUUCAUAUUAACCGUUAACACCAGAGUCUUAACAACUGGUAGAAAACAAAAACGUGAAAAAAAUCAAAGUGUGGUUUAAUGAGAAAUCCUCUUUGUUGCAAUGAGAAUUCCAUUCCCACACAAAAUUAGAAUUUGCAGAAGAAUCUAAUUUCAAAUCUGAUGACUGACCCCUUGUAAAAUGUAACACAGCUGCUCAAAAGUGGAUUUUUUUUCUUUAUCAAAUUUAAAUGUGUACUUUUAAAAAUUCAUUUGUGUGAAAAAUAGUGAAAGCUGUACUGGAGUGCAUUAUAUUAAUAGUUGUGUCUUAUAUUUAAACAGGUGAAUCAUUUAAACAAAACUCAAUUCAGCGCCACAGAGACAAGAUCAGGGGAAAAAAAAAAGGAUUAACUUAUUGGCUGCUAAAUGGAUUGGAUUUCUGUCAGCGUGAUUAGGAGCCAAUGAAAUGUUUUUAUUUAACAAAAAAACGAACAAAUUAAUCUUGUUUUCAACAAGGAGACGUCAAGCCGCCGUGAUGAGUCGCAUCCGAUUGUACCUAAUGUAGUGGCCUGUGCGUGCAAGGUUCUGUCAGGUACGUCGUCCAUUUUGUCAAGCUGCCUUACACACGCUACACAUCGUUCGUAUCUUUCGCAGAACUAUGACGUCAUUCAGUCUUGAAAAAGUCUUGGUGUUACUCACAGAUGCUCCCGUCGCCAUCACCUUUUGUACGGUGUGGAGUACCUCACUGACGUUUAAAAGGGCUUCGUCACUGGUGGGAAGCUUUUUUCGUUCGGUUUCUUUAGUGACGCUUUCGUCAGUAAUUUGUAAGCGUGUUGUAAAGCAAAUGACUAUGCAGUGUAACUUCAUGUCUUAACUCGUCUGAUUCAAAUGCCUUUCUUUAUCGGAAUGAAGCGUUAAUAGUUGGGCACUGUUAUGGAAGAGGGAUGCUUCCCCUUUAAUUUGUCAAAUAAAGCCGUUUGUUGAAUCCGAUUGGCGGUGUUUCCAAAAGCAUGUCUAGGGAUUGAACUACCUACAUCAGCCGUCUUCAUUCCAAGGAGCUCGAGCUGUAAUUGUCCUGACACUUCUGCUUGUAAAAAGAUAGGAACAUCUUUUUAUAAGAUGUCAUAUUCCACUAUUUGAAUCCUUCAUACUUGAUUAUGUUGAAUUUAGGGUUGCAAUUUAUUAAAACAGGGUUUCCCAAACUUUUUUUUUUUUGGGGGUGGGGGGUGGGGGGUGGUAAGAAAAGGGUCAUUACCAGAAAAAGGAGGAACACUGCAAUAAUUAUCUUGAUUUACUUACUCAGUAUGAAAUGUAGGCUAAUGUAGUUAUUAUUGGAAGAGCAUAGCCAUGCUUACAAAAAAUUCCCUAUUCAGCAUUUGAUGGUUUUACUUUACUGUGUCCCUUAGUAUUUGUUUAACUAGACAACAGAAAGCAAUAAGAAAUGGACUAUUUUUUUCUGCAGAUUUUUUUUUUUUUUAAUUCUUUGAAUGUAAUUAUCUUUGUCUUGUGUUGUAAUUUGGUACUGUUAAAAAAUAUACUCAGCAAAAAUCCCGGGGUUUGGGCAAAGCCUGAUAUUGGCCAAUUACAUUUUAAUGACAAAGUUUGUCAUUAAAAAGAUGGAAAAAAGAAAUUUUAUAAAUCGCCACAGCACCCUGAUUUCUCACGUCAGACUAAUAAGAACUGCCGCAGUGGUUUGGAAUCACUAUAUUGAAAAUGUUUCCAUUCAUAAUAGCAUUCAGUUUGUAUUUGAAAUCUUUAUAAGUGGCCAUAUUUAAAGUACACAGGUUUAAUGUUGAUUCUUUAGAUUAGGUUAACAGCAAAAACAACAUACUAUAUAAUAUGUCACGCUUGUAAAGUGAGGAGGAGCAGCUUUGUGUGCAGUAAAUAGACGACGUCGCUUCAUGCCAUGUGUGCUUCGCGCUCAUUUUGUGAUGCGGCGCCAUUCGGGCUGAUGGUAUUUUGGUUGCUUGGUUCAACACUUAAGAGGUGUAUUGCUUUGUUUUGUGAUGACAUUUGAAGGGAAUUUGGUGUUAAUAUGCUGCUACAAACAUUAACGGUUAAUGACAUCACAAAACAUUGUCACAUAUUUGACUUAAAAUGGGAUUUUCGAUGCCAGUUGUUGUUAGGAUUUUGGAUAACUUUCAAGCACUUUGAGAACAAUUAGUCUCAAAAUGACACGCUUCUAAGGCAGCGUGUUAUUGAGCCUUUGAUGGGUGUUAUUUUUUUUGUGUUUAAAUCAUGUGCACCCUCUGGAUUUUGUUUAAAUUGUUGUUAGGAGAUAGGUCAAUCAUCAGUGGUAUAUUUUCACAUGCUUUCUUCAUAAGACUUUUGUCAAGUUGCUUGGGUAUUGAAUUGCCUAAUUUGUGCCCUGAAUAGACUUACUGUAAUUUCUGUCAGCUAAAUGGUAAAACACUUUAAUGACUGAUUUUGCCAUUUGUCUGUGGCAAGGCAAGUUUUGGAUAUCACAAUAAUAUACCUUGAUGCCUUUUUGUUGUCUCCCAUUAGGGAGAUGUACAAUGUGUAUAUUGUAUUAAACUGUUUAUAAUUCAACUAAAUAAAAGUUCAGUACUUAUA